AUGCGUCUCCUCGAGCUACCUACAGCCCUUUUGGCGCUCCUCGCUGCUCUUCCCGAUGUGGGCGCGACGCACACCUCGAAUUGGGCGGUCCUGGUCAGCACCUCCCGCUUCUGGUUCAACUACCGCCAUCUCGCCAAUACCCUCUCUCUCUACCGCACCGUAAAGCGUCUGGGGAUACCCGACAGCCAAAUCAUCCUCAUGCUCCCCGAUGACAUGGCCUGCAAUCCGCGCAACUCCUUUCCCGGCAGUGUCUUCAAUGACAAAUCGCGCCAACUCGAUCUGUACGACGACCAGAGCGGCAAUCAUGGAGGACAAGCAGGGGGAACCACGACGGGAAUGAGAGGCAUCGAAGUCGAUUAUCGGGGCAAUGAAGUCACCGUGGAGAAUUUCAUUCGUCUCCUGACCGAUCGAUGGCCCUCGUCUCAUCCGACGUCCAAACGACUCAUGACUGACGACCGGUCGAAUAUCUUGAUUUACAUGACGGGGCAUGGCGGAAAUGAAUUUUUGAAAUUUCAAGACAGUGAGGAAAUCAGCUCGUUUGAUCUGGCGGAUGCGUUUGCGCAAAUGUGGGAGAAGAAGAGAUAUCAUGAGCUGCUCUUCAUGAUUGAUACGUGUCAGGCGAAUACCAUGUAUCCGGCAUUCUAUACGCCGAAUAUCAUUGCCACGGGGAGCAGUGCCAAGGAUCAGAGUAGUUAUUCGCAUCAUGCGGAUCAGGAUGUCGGGGUGGCGGUGAUUGAUCGGUGGACAUAUUAUAAUUUGGAGUUUUUGGAAACGAGGUUAAAUAGUACGAGUGCGGAUGUGCGGCUGGGGGAGCUGUUUGAUUAUUAUACGUUUGAUCGCGUGCAUAGUGACGCCGGUGUGAGGUAUGAUUUGUUCCCGGGCGGAGAGGAGGAAGGGAGGAAUCGGAGGGUGUUGGACUUUUUUGGGAGUGUGCAGGGCGUGGAGACGAGUGGAUUGGAUGAGAUGCAGGCAGGGGAUUGGAAGAAGGAUUUGGAGGCCUUGCAGCAGAUUAUGGAGAGGCAGAAGAAAGAAGAAGAAGAGGAGGAAAUGCAGCAUGCUGCUACGCAAGAGAUGGCCAGUGAGGCUUCAACACGGGCCACUCGGGACGACAGAGGACAUGGCAAAGUCGCUUUGGAUAUGGCUCAAGGAGGUGAAGGCUGGGUCAAGAAGGUCGUUGGGCUGGGGUCUCUGCUGGCUGUAGGAGGCGCAUGGCUCCUGACCAAGUCCUAAAACUCUUUGGUUGUGCAUGGAGUUGGAAUGGAAGAAUUGCGUGUUAGAUACCCUGUUCAACUCCGAACUGUUCACUACCUACCCUACCUACCUAUGCACAUUUUCUUGCUUUGAUCAAUAUAUU